AUGGGAGAUGUUCGUCUGAACACUGGCUACAUUCAGUCACAACGUGGUCUUGUGAAAAUAUUCCAAAUCGUUUUCGGAUUCAUUGUCUGUUGCAUGCUAUGUGCUGCAUGGCACGGCGGUCGAUCGUGCUUUGCUGAGUUUCGCGUCUCGUUCGUCUCGGCUCUUUGUUUCGUCGUCACAACGAUCAAUGUUGUACUCUUCAUCAUGAAUUUUCUCAAUAUGGGACCAACAAAAUUGGAAAGAAUCUACUCUCUAGUGGUCUCCGUUUUCUUCUUUGUCGGCGCCAUUCUAAUCCUUUGGUUUAUCAUCGAUGCUUACUCGAGCAAAGUCUUGCUGAUUUUUGUUUUCCUAUUCUUGCUGAUUCAAAUUGGACUCUACGUCUACGAUUUAAAGCUGUUACACGCACAGAUUGGAGCUAAA